AUUACACAUCUUGCUAAUUAAAAAGUUAAUUUUGAUUUAGAGAGUUAUUAAAAGAAAGGAGUGGGUCUAGUUGGAAGAGCAGAGAGGCGUUUAUUCCAGACAGACUUUGAAUAUUUUAUUUGAUUAUUAGUUAAGAGAAAUUUAAUUUAUAAUCUCAGCGGAGAAAUUAUAAUGUUUGUUGAUGUAAUUUGGGCUCUCAAUCUUUGGGAUUCGAUGUGAUCCCGCCAAACAGACUCUUACUUACUCUCCCCUCCUCACGAUUUUUUCUCCACCGUCGAUUCCUUCCCUCUCCGGUGUCGCCGGAAAAUCUCGACAUUAGAAGCUUCGUUGGAUAACUUUUCUUGUCUUUUAUGAAGGGACAUCGACAUUUAUGAUGCUUUGUUCUUCUUUACGAGAUCGAAUACAGCCUUGGCUUCGCGACUAUGUUAGGCUCCAAUCUCUCGCCGUCUUCCUCAUUUACGCUCAGAUUGGGUGCGCGCUAAUCGGAUCACUCGGGGCAUUAUACAAUGGAGUUUUGUUGAUAAAUUUGGCGAUUGCGUUGUUCGCGCUCGUUGCAAUCGAGAGCAAUAGCCAGAGUCUCGGCCGCACCUAUGCGGUUCUUCUUUUCUGCGCUCUUCUUCUUGAUAUCUCCUGGUUCAUACUUUUCACCCAAGAGAUAUGGAGCAUUUCAGCUGAGACGUAUGGGACCUUUUUCAUAUUUUCAGUGAAACUGACGAUGGCCAUGGAAAUGAUUGGUUUCUUUGUGAGGCUAUCGUCCUCUCUCUUAUGGUUUCAGAUUUAUAGGCUUGGGGCUUCUAUCGUCGACACUUCACUUCCCCGUGAAACAGAUUCGGAUCUACGAAAUAGCUUCUUGAAUCCACCUACUCCUUCUAUAGAUAGACAACGUUCAGGUGCUGAAGAAAUUUUGGGAGGUUCUAUCUACGACCCAGCCUACUACACCUCUCUAUUUGAAGAAAGUCAAACCAACAUGAAUUCACCCAAGGCUACACAGGUGAAUCAUUAUUCAGCUGGGAACAAUGGAUCACCAUCUGCUGCAGAAGCCUCUCAUAUGAAGUCUGCCAUAUCUAGAUCCUUGCAUUCAAUUGAUGAAGAGAAGGGAUUGAAGGAAACGGAAGAGAAGGGUUUGAAGCAGACGGGGAUGGCGUCAAUAUGAUUCAAGAACGGUAGUGUUACCAUUUGGGCAUCUAAAACAAACUGAGUUGUCUGUUGAGGUUAUAGUUAUCGGAUUUUGAAGCCGCCGAUACACUUGUUAUUCACCAGUUUUCGGUGAGCGAGGGAGAAUCACGAAGCGUCGUCAUGUCCAUACAAAGUAGAGCAAGAUAACAUAAGACAUUCCAGAAGAUGAGAUUUCUAUAUGUCAACGACAAGUAAGCACUGUUUUUUACUCAUGGGUUUUCAUUAUUUAUUCGGUAUGAAAAUAUGUUAUUUUUGGGAAUCUUAUGGUGAGAAUAGAGUCAGAGUCAUCAACGUGAUGCAUCCAACAUAUGAUUCUUUCCGAGUUUUCUUUUUUGUUACUUGUAUGUAAAUGGAGAUACGUUCUUAUUUUUAAAUUUUUGGGUUGCGAAUGGAGAUGGUAAAA